CAAUAAAUUCAUAAAAUAUUAAAAUUGUUUUAUUGAAACAUUGAUUUGUUUUAGAAAACUAUUAAAAAUGAAAUUUUUAGUCUUCGGAGUCCUAUUCCUGACCGCACUCUACGCUUCGGAUGCAUUCACUAUAAGCCGGGCUAAUGACGACCCCAUAAAGGAUGCAUUGCUGAAGGAGGUGUCGGAGCUCUUGGAUGAGGCGAUUAAAGCGAUCGACACUUUGAAGAAGAGUGGAAAGGAUGAGCUGAGGAAAGGACUCACGAAAGCCAUUGAAAUCACUAAGAGUAUGGACACUCAGCUCAAGAAACUGAACCCAACCACUGAUUUGGGAAAAGUGUUGUACAAAGGGAUCGACACUCUGGUGGUUGAGGCGGAGGCGUGGCUCGAGUCGGAGCUGAAGAAUGUUCCGCCAAAGGAGGCCAACGAUGAUAUCAAGGAUGUAGUCCUCAAACAAGUCGCACAGAUCUUAGACGACGCGCGCAAAGCCAUCGACACUCUGAAGGCCUCCGGAAAGGAUGCGCUCAUCAAUGGUCUCAUGACUGUCCAACUGUUUGGUGACUUCAAUGGCUUUCGUGAGUCCUUUCCUGAGCUCAUCCUUUCCACUCUUCGCCAAAGUGUCGAUCGCUUUACGCGUCUCAUCCAAGAUGUCCGACACCUCCUUCAGUAA